CCACAUCUCCCUCUGCGAUUUAAAGAAGCAGAUUAUGGGGAGAGAGAAGUUGAAAGCUGCCGACUGCGACCUGCAGAUCACCAACGCGCAGACGAAAGAAGAAGUCGAACUGAACCAGUGAUGGGAACUUCAAAAGCAGUAUGUAAAAACACAAUCUCACACUUUUUCUACACAUUGCUUUUACCUUUAUAAUGUAGCAGUGAAGUGAAUCAUUUAGAACUUAAUAUCCAACUGAUCAUAGUACAUAUUGUAAAUAAAAUGUAUUUUGAUGACAGCUCAGUUGAAUAUGGAUAUAUGUGGCAUAAUUUGCAGACUUAUUUUGUAGAAAUGGGUAAUUUGUGCCCCCCAAAAAACGCUGUUUCAUAUUAAAUAUGAUAGCAUUCUCCCUGUAUGACACUGUGUUGUACAGUUAAUGUAUGAUUCUUUUUAGAUCAUGUAGGUUUUACACUAAUGAACAUGAUAACAUGUUCUACAUCUGUCUGUCUAUAGUUAGUAUUUUGUAUGUAUGUACAGGCUGUUGUGUGCUUUUUGUUUCUUGCAAUAAAAAAAUGUUUGGAGUGUAUAUUUUGCCAUUUUUCACGUUGUAUCACUUAGUUUUUGUUAGUUUUUUUUUUCUGCCUAAUUGAUGGCUUUAAAAAAUGCAUUAGCAACAUGCAAAACUAAUAUGAAAGUUUGAUGCUUUCUCCAAGUUCAGACACCUAUAGAAAAAAGCUUUCCAAAGACUUUUGAUGCAGCUUUAUUAUUCAGUUUUGCUUUAUUUGGCAAUUUCAAGCUUUUAUUCUUUGUUGAUAUCUGUACUAUAAAAGUGAGACCUGAAAUUUGGGCCCCCUGAGUACAUAAACAUCUCAAUGAUGAUUUCUACAAUUCAGUACAUUGUUUUCAAACUUUAAUACAAGGUCUUCCAGUUCUAGCCUGUUUAGUUCUCCAAAAUAAAAUAUUUCCCUCUUAUAAGAUAUUAAAAUGCUGCAUUAAUUAUAAGCUAAUUGAAAGCUGUAGCUUAUCAAAGAUAACUCCCCUUAAGUGGAAUAACAUCUUAAUUUUUAUUAUCAUAGCUAAAGUACGACACCAUGUUGACUUGAAGGUCUUAAGUAAAAGGUAGUGGAAAUACCUAAGUUGUGAGGUGAAAUGUGUUUCAGAAAGUAGGUCUGUAGUAACGGAGUUCUGUAAACUUGAUGGUUCUCUAAACAUUUUACUGCUCAGGCUUGAUUUGUACACAAUACGAGAUGUCUGAAAUCUUCAUUUUAGAAUUCAAGGAUACUGCUUGCUGUUUCACUUUAUCCUUUUUAAAUACUACUGAUCUUUAAUUGUGUAUCAGGCAUUUCACUAACCUUGGAUCAUCGCAUCUUAAACAUGAUAAUAUAGAAUAUCUGAACUUUGGACUUGUUCUCUAAAAUAUAUGGCCUUUAGUUCUCAUGGAACUAAAUACAGUGAUUCGAAGAUCAAAAUUUAGAGAUUUGGGUUUUUUUCCCCACCCUCUGGGGUAUAUGGGCUUUUUUUUGUUUUGGGGUUUUUUUGUUGUUGUUGUUUUGUUUAAUUUUUUUGUUUUUUGGGUUUGUUUUUGUUUUUUGGUGGUUUUUGUUUUGUUUUUGGUUUUUUGGUUUUUUUUGGUUUUUAAAGCAUAAUGCUGUAAAAAAAAAAAACAAAAAAAAAAAACAACAAACAAACUGUCCAAGUUUCUGUUUUGCUGGUGAUUGGUUUAAAACUGAUUUUAUGUAUCCAAAUGCUAGCACAAAUCAGAGUGACUAUCCUGGUGACUGUAGUGGUUAAUGUAACACGUUUUGUAUAAAGUAUUUUUAUAUAGUAUUUAAACUAAUUCAGAUGAAGUUUUAUUUCUUGAAAACAGUUAUUUCCUUUUUGUUUAUUAGCAUGUGUAUAAACACAAAUCACAUGUUCAUAAAUAAAGUUAACAUUCUUUUAGCCUUGUGUGUUCCCUGGCAUGUCUGUAUUACACUUAUAAGAAGCAGUUUAUUUUAUGCUUAUUUAGGUUUCUCUUUUCUUUUCUUUUCUUUUCUUUUUUUUUUUUUUUUUUAAUACUUUAAAAGUGGCUUUAAUUUUUAGGUAGAAUUGUCUGAAAUGGAGACAUUAGAUAACUUAAUAUCCCCACCACUUAUUUGCUUGGGGUACAUAUGCUGGUGUUUAGGAUGAGAGAAUAUAUUCAUUAAGCAUAAUUAAUGCCCAUCUUAUGAAUCACGUAUUCUUGUACACAUUCACAAAAGCCAAGUAAGAUAGAGCCACUAAACCAGAUUUCUAAAUGCUGAUUAAUAAAAGUAAAUGUGUGUACAUUUUUGGUUAACUUAAGCCAACUGUAAUCAAAGGAUGGCUGUUUCUGUCUGUAUUCCUUAGCUUAUUUUAUUUAGCCAUCCUUCAUGUUGGUAUUCCAAAGCUGGAUGUUCUUCCUAUUUACUAAAUAUCAGAAUUGUAUUUUGUAGGAUCCUUUAAUUGCAAGCGAGUGUAAGUGGCAUAAAAUAUUUCAGAUUCUUUCUCCCAGAAGCAAGACCACAAAUUAGAUGUGGGGAAGUGGGUUAAUUUUAAUGAUGUCCACAGUAUGCAUUGAUCAGUUUUUAUGAAGACGACUUUUUUUAAAUGUGGUGCAUUUUUAAAAUCAUUAGUAUCUGAGAGUUAAUACAUUUAUUGCUGCCUAGUACAUGUAAAUUCCUAGUCAUUUUUAAACCAUUCCUUGUUAGCAGUUUUCACUGAUUUCUAGUACCUUGCUUUUUGUAGAAAACUAUUGGACACCUUUCACAAUUUAUGGUAAAUUUGACUUUCUCAUGGACUUUAAGGUAUUUAAGGUGCUAGAAUGAUUGGUGGGGAAAAAAGUGAUAUAGAUGUUGUUGAGUAUCUGAAACCACUUUACCCAGUACUAAUGACAAAUCAACAGAAAACUAAAAGGACCAGAUGGCCCGACAUAACAAAAAAACAGAUAAUAUCAUAGUGGGCAGAACAAAAAAUGUUAGUAUUUUAGUUCUAGCUGUAAGAAAGUUAAUAUAACUGCUUUCUCUUAAGGAAGUGAUGAGUGUUCAUAUUCUAGAUAGUAAUGGGCUAUUUUGAAGGGUUAUUAGUUUCAUUGGUUAGAAACAGUAUAGAUGAUGCUUGACAGCAUUUGGUUCUUGUUAUUUAAAUUCACAUAGUUUCUAACUAAUGCAAAAAGUAGCCCUUUUCAAAAUAGAUUGAGAUGAUCAGAAUUUAUUCUGGUUAAAAAUAGGAUGUUUAUGGUUUGUUUGUUUUUUUUAAGCUUCCUUUGAGAUUAGUUCUGUAAUGAAAACACUAAAGAGCCAGAUGAGAAUAAGAACACAUUGGUGAAUUAUAUGAUUGCAUAUUAGGAAUAUGGAAUAGUGCAUUACAAAUUCUGGGGCAGCCCCUCAGUGGGGAGCUAAGAACCUUUUGUUGAAGUAAGCGUCCCAGUAAUACUAUCCAUUAAACUGACUUUUAAAACCCUAAGAUAUUUAUAAGAUAUAUUUUAAAUUUAGCAAACAUGAUUUUUAUUGACAACUCCUGCUGUGGUAGGCAUUGUGCUAAGAGCUUCAUAUUGAAACUGGUAACAUUUCUAUUUGGGGCUGUAAGUCAUGCUGCUUUUAUUUUAAUUCUCUUAGUUCUCUGGAAUAUUUGAAAAAUACCUGAUGAAGACUCCCUUCAUUGUUGUUAUUUUUCUUUGAUCCAGACAUCUUGUUACAUUCUCUCCAUUUUAAACAAGAGUUCUGACCAAUAAUGCAUGAGAAGCUUACAACAUGUUGAAUAAGCAACCCAAUUACUAUAUAGGAAGCAAAUAAUGUUUUCUUUUUGGUACACUUAACAGGGAAAUCAUAUCUUUAGAGUUAGAUGGGAAAGGGGUGUGUGUGUGUGUGUGUGUGUAUACAGAUACACACUUUUUAAAAACUGAUAUUAAAAUCAUUUCAGGGGGUCAAAUAGUGAAAAAUCUUAAAAUACCACAUUUGAAAAUACAUUUUUAAAAUCUUACUUAUUCAAUAUAUAAUACUUUCUCCAUUUGAUUGAAUUAACUUUCUUCACGCAUUAUUAAAGUCCAUCCUCCUAAUAGCCCUAUUUGCCUUUGCUCCACACUACCACUGGUUUUCCUUUUUUUGGUUUAACAUCUUUGCUCUGAUAAAAUUGUGGUUUCUUUGGCAAGAAGCCAUUCUUACUCUUUGUAUGGGAGAAUAAACAAACUUAUUCAGACCGAACAGUACAUGCUUAAAAAAAGAGAAAAAAGUAGCAAUUAUGUGGGAGCUGGUUUAUUAAAGCAAUUAUCUGAGCCUUUAAAGAGCUGCUUGUUUUUUACCGUGUUCUAUAACGGCACUCCAGGAAAGUUAGAUUUCUUAUUCUCUCUAGUGUAUAUUCUCUUGAGCAUUAUCAGAUUUAGAAACCAUUGAUAGACACGGACUCUUAUUUAAUAUUCAGUCACUGCUCUGAACAUAUUUUCUGUGAUACAUUUUUCUUUACCCUGUUUUUUGUUGUUUUUUUUUAAUAUUGUAAUUGAGUCCCCCUCAACUUAAGCCUUUAUUAUAUGUGUGAAAUAUGUAGAGAAGGGUAAAGUGGGGUGAGCUACAAUUUCAGCUUUAAAACAGGGAAUAACAUUCUUUAGAAAACUUCUAAGAAAAUGCCCAAUAAUUUGAACAUUAAUUGGCAAUAGGGACUAAAUGAUCACUUUCAGAUGUUUUCAGUGUGGAACUUGAAUGUGUGUUUAAUUUUUUGUGAACAGAUUGAUGACUCUUCUGCAUCUAUUUCUCUGGCCCAGCUUACAAAGACUGCCAAUCUGGCUGAAGCCAAUGCUUCUGAAGAAGAUAAAAUUAAAGCAAUGAUGUCGCAAUCUGGCCAUGAAUACGACCCAAUCAAUUACAUGAAGAAACCUCUAGGCCCACCACCUCCAUCUUAUACCUGUUUUCGUUGUGGUAAACCUGGCCAUUACAUUAAGAAUUGCCCAACAAACGGGGAUAAAAACUUUGAAUCUGGUCCGAGGAUUAAAAAGAGCACUGGUAUUCCCAGAAGUUUUAUGAUGGAAGUGAAAGAUCCUAACAUGAAAGGUGCAAUGCUUACCAACACUGGAAAGUAUGCGAUACCGACUAUAGACGCAGAAGCAUAUGCAAUUGGGAAGAAAGAAAAACCACCUUUCUUACCAGAGGAACCAUCUUCUUCUUCAGAAGAAGAUGAUCCUAUCCCAGAUGAAUUAUUGUGUCUCAUCUGCAAAGAUAUUAUGACUGAUGCCGUUGUCAUUCCCUGCUGUGGAAACAGUUAUUGCGAUGAAUGUAUAAGAACAGCACUCUUGGAAUCAGAUGAUCAUACAUGUCCAACAUGCCAUCAGAAUGAUGUCUCUCCUGAUGCUUUAAUUGCCAAUAAGUUCUUACGACAGGCUGUUAAUAACUUCAAAAAUGAAACCGGUUAUACAAAAAGACUACGAAAACAGUUACCCCCACCACCGCCCCCAAUACCACCUCCGAGACCACUCAUUCAGCGGAACCUACAACCUCUGAUGAGAUCUCCAAUAUCAAGACAACAGGAUCCCCUGAUGAUUCCAGUGACCUCUUCAACUCACCCAGCUCCUUCCAUAUCUUCAUUAACUUCUAAUCAGUCUUCCUUGGCCCCUCCUGUGCCUGGAAAUUCAUCUUCUACCCCGGCUCCUGUACCUGAUAUAACUGCCACAGUGUCCAUCUCAGUCCACUCUGAAAAACCAGAUGGACCUUUCCGGGAUUCUGAUAAUAAAAUAUUACCAGCUGCAGCCCUUGCAUCAGAACAUUCAAAGGGAACCUCUUCAAUUGCAAUUACUGCUCUUAUGGAAGAGAAGGGUUACCAGGUGCCUGUACUUGGAACCCCAUCUUUGCUUGGACAGUCACUACUGCAUGGACAGUUGAUCCCCACAACUGGUCCAGUAAGAAUAAAUACUGCUCGUCCGGGUGGUGGUCGACCAGGUUGGGAACAUUCCAAUAAGCUUGGAUAUCUGGUUUCUCCGCCACAGCAAAUUAGAAGGGGGGAGAGGAGCUGCUACAGAAGUAUAAACCGCGGACGACACCACAGCGAAAGAUCACAGAGAACUCAAGGCCCAUCACUACCAGCAACUCCAGUUUUUGUGCCUGUCCCACCCCCUCCUUUGUAUCCACCUCCUCCCCAUACACUUCCUCUCCCUCCAGGUGUUCCUCCACCACAAUUUUCUCCUCAGUUUCCUCCUGGCCAGCCACCACCUGCUGGAUAUAGUGUCCCUCCUCCAGGGUUUCCGCCAGCUCCGGCCAAUUUAUCGACACCUUGGGUAUCAUCAGGAGUGCAGACAGCUCAUUCAAAUACCAUCCCAACAACGCAAGCCCCACCGUUGUCCAGGGAAGAAUUCUAUAGAGAGCAACGACGGCUGAAGGAAGAGGAAAAGAAAAAGUCCAAGCUAGAUGAGUUUACAAAUGAUUUUGCUAAGGAAUUGAUGGAAUACAAAAAGAUUCAAAAGGAGCGUAGGCGCUCAUUUUCCAGGUCUAAAUCUCCUUAUAGUGGUUCAUCAUAUUCAAGAAGUUCGUAUACUUAUUCUAAGUCAAGAUCUGGUUCAACACGUUCACGUUCUUACUCUCGAUCAUUUAGCCGCUCACACUCUCGUUCCUAUUCCCGAUCACCUCCAUACCCCCGAAGAGGCAGAGGCAAGAGCCGAAAUUACCGUUCACGGUCUAGAUCUCAUGGAUAUCAUCGAUCUAGGUCAAGGUCACCCCCCUAUAGACGAUACCAUUCACGGUCAAGAUCUCCUCAAGCAUUUAGGGGACAGUCUCCCAAUAAACGUAAUGUGCCUCAAGGGGAAACAGAACGUGAAUAUUUUAAUAGAUACAGAGAAGUUCCGCCACCUUAUGACAUGAAAGCUUAUUAUGGGAGGAGUGUUGACUUUAGAGACCCAUUUGAAAAAGAGCGUUACCGAGAAUGGGAAAGAAAAUAUAGAGAGUGGUAUGAAAAGUAUUAUAAAGGUUAUGCUGCCGGAGCACAGCCUAGACCAUCAGCAAAUAGAGAGAACUUUUCUCCUGAGAGAUUUUUGCCUCUUAAUAUCAGAAAUUCUCCCUUCACGAGAGGCCGCAGAGAAGAUUAUGCUGGUGGACAAAGUCAUAGAAGUCGAAACUUAGGUGGCAACUAUCCAGAAAAGCUUUCAACAAGAGAUAGUCACAAUCAGAAGGACAACACAAAGUCAAAAGAGAAGGAGAGCGAAAAUAAUCCCGGAGAUGGUAAAGGAAACAAACAUAAGAAACAUAGGAAAAGAAGAAAGGGGGAAGAGAGUGAAGGCUUUCUAAACCCCGAGUUAUUAGAAACUUCUAGGAAAUCAAGAGAACCUACAAGCAGUGAAGAAAAUAAAACAGACUCAUUAUUUGUUCUCCCAAGUAGAGAUGAUGCUACACCUGUUAGAGAUGAACCAAUGGAUGCAGAAUCCAUCACUUUCAAGUCGGUGUCUGAAAAAGACAAGAGGGAGAAAGAUAAACCAAAAGCAAAAGGUGACAAGACCAAACGGAAAAAUGAUGGGUCUACUGUGUCCAAAAAAGAAAAUGUUGCAAAACCUGCUAAGGGACCCCAAGAAAAACUAGAUGGAGAGCGUGAAAAAUCUCCUCGAUCUGAACCUCCACUUAAAAAAGCCAAAGAGGAGACUCCAAAGACUGAUAAUGCUAAAUCAUCAUCUUCCUCCCAAAAAGAUGAAAAGACCAUUGGUACCCCCAGAAAAGCUCACUCUAAAUCAGCAAAAGAACACCAAGAGACAAAACCAGUCAAAGAGGAAAAAGUGAAGAAGGAUUACCCCAAAGACGUCAAAUCAGAAAAGCUAACUAAUAAGGAAGAAAAGGCCAAGAAGCCUAGUGAGAAAAGUAAGCCACCUGAUAGCAAGGGAGAAAAAAGAAAAAGAAAAACCGAAGAGAAAAGUGUAGAGAAAGAUUUUGAGUCCUCUUCAACGAAAGUCUCUAAACUGGAAAUGACUGAAAUAGUGAAACCAUCACCAAAGCGCAAAAUGGAACCUGAUAUUGAAAAAAUGGAUAGGACCCCUGAGAAAGACAAAAUUUCAUCAUCAACUGCCCCAGCCAAAAAAAUUAAGCUCAACAGAGAAACUGGUAAAAAAAUUGGGAGUACAGAAAAUGUAUCUAAUACGAAAGAACCCUCUGAAAAAUUGGAGUCAGCAUCUAGCAAAGUUAAACAAGAAAAAGUCAAAGGAAAGGUCAGACGAAAAGUAGCUGGAGCUGAGGGAUCCAGCUCAACUCUUGUGGAUUAUACAAGCACGAGCUCAACUGGAGGCAGUCCUGUGCGGAAAUCUGAAGAAAAAACAGAUACAAAACGGACUGUCAUUAAAACUAUGGAAGAGUAUAAUAAUGACAACACAGCUCCUGCUGAAGACGUUAUUAUUAUGAUUCAGGUUCCUCAGUCCAAAUGGGAUAAAGAUGACUUUGAAUCUGAGGAAGAAGAUGUUAAGGCCACACAGCCUAUGUCAAGUGUAGGAAAACCCGCCAGUGUUAUAAAAAAUGUUAGCACUAAACCGUUAAAUACAGUCAAGUAUACUGAAAAAGAAAGUGAGUCGUCAGAGAAAAUUCAGAAACUCACCAAGGAAGUUAGCCAUGAAAUUAUACAGCAUGAGAUCAAGAGUUCAAAAAACUCUGCAUCCAGUGAAAAGGCGAAAGCCAAAGAUCGAGAUCAUUCGGUGUUGGAGAAGGAAAACCCCGAAAAGAGGAAAAACAGCACUCAGCCAGAGAAAGAGAGUAACUUGGACCGUCUGAGUGAACCAGGAAAUUUUAAAAGUCUGUCUCAAUCUUCCAAAGAGACAAGAACUUCAGAAAAGCAUGAUUCCGUUCGAGGUUCCUCAACUAAAGACUUCACUCCCAACAGAGACAAAAAAACAGACUAUGACAACAGAGAGUACUCAAGUUCCAAACGUAGAGACGAAAGGAAUGAAUUAACAAGAAGGAAAGACUCCCCUUCUCGAAGUAAAGAUUCUGCAUCUGGACAGAAAACUAAGCCAAGGGAGGAGAGAGAUUUGCCUAAAAAAGGAACAGGAGAUUCCAAAAAGAGCAAUUCUAGUCCCUCCAGAGACAAAAAACCUCAUGAUCACAAAGCAACUUACGAUACGAAACGCUCGACUGAAGAGACAAAAUCUGUAGAUAAAAAUCCUUGUAAAGAUCGUGAGAAGCACACGUUAGAAGCAAGGAACAAUAAAGAAUCGGGUGGCAACAAAUUACUGUAUGUGCUUAACCCACCAGACCCGCAGAUUGAAAAGGAGCAAGUUACUGGGCAGAUUGACAAGAGUGCUGUCAAGCCUAAGCCACAGUUAAGCCACUCCUCCCGACUUUCCUCCGACUUAACUAGGGAAACUGAUGAAGCUGCUUUUGAACCAGACUAUAAUGAAAGUGACAGUGAAAGCAACAUAUCUGUAAAAGAGGAGGAAACUUCGGGAAAGAUUGCUAAGGAACUGAAAGAUAAAGUCGUGGAGAAAGCAAAAGACAGCCUGGACACGGCAGCAGCCAGCCAGGUAGGCACCGCCAGGAGCCAGAGUCCAAGCAGCCCUAGUGUUAGUCCAAGCAGAAGUCAUAGCCCUUCUGGCAGCCGGACCCGGAGCCACAGCAGUAGUGCCAGCUCCGCAGAGAGUCAGGACAGCAAGAAGAAGAAGAAGAAGAAGGAAAAGAAGAAGCACAAGAAACACAAAAAACACAAGAAGCAUAAGAAGCAUGCAGGCACUGAAGGAGAGUUAGAAAAAAGCCAAAAACACAAACACAAGAAAAAGAAGUCAAAGAAGAGCAAAGAUAAAGAAAAGGAGAAGGAGAAAGAUGACCAAAAAGCGAAAUCUGUCCCUGUAUAAAGGGACAGAUUUUAAAAAUUGACUUAAUUACUAAGUCAUCUGUAUUAAAUUUUGUUAUAAUGUAAAGAGAUUCAAGCCUUGUAAAUAAUGAUAUGGAAGACCCUGUGCUGCACUUAAAAUAUUGCUGCUUGAUUAUUUGAUUUUUACAUCAGAGCUUUAUAACACGAACUUUUGUACAGAAUUGUGAGUUGUGACCAUGUAACAUGAGAGGUUUUGCUAGGGCCUAUUAUUUUUAACCACCAUUAAUUAGUUGGGGUGGAGUUUACUGUACUGUGAAAUUUUCACAUUUGAAUUUUUUUAAUUGCCUGGCAAAAGCUGAUAUCAGUUCUAAAAUAUCAGCAGAAUGAUUUGCUGAAUUCAUUACAACCCCGUUAUGUCACUUUUUGAUUACAAUAAAAGUUUUCAGUAAACUUUUCAAA